AUGGCGAAAGAUGAAGACUUCUUUCAAAACCAUUUCACACUGGAUGACACGGGUUUUAACAAAGGCAGACGAAAAGAGAUCAAAUGUCGACCGUCAGCAUUUCAGCUCAAGAAAGAAGCACUGAUGAAAAAGACUGCAAUCACUGUAGCUGUCUUACCUCCUUCCUCAAGGGUGCUCUGCACUGACUUCUCUAGUCUAGUCUUUAGUCUGCUUCUGAUCAAGAUUCCACCUAUCUCAAGCUACAACAUCGCACUAGUUGAGGUGGACACUUCAACAGAGGCCGGAGUAGAGGCCAUACUCGCCCAAAGACAAGGGUGCGAUUUUACGUCACUAUUUGUUGUGUCACGUGACAUUUGUAGUUUCAACAUGGCUGCGGACAACCUCCCAUCAGAAUUUGACGUGAUCAUACUCGGAACAGGCCUUACUGAGUCGGUCAUUGCCGCUGCCUGUUCGCGAGUGGGACAGAAGGUACUGCACUUGGACAGGAGAAACUACUAUGCUGGAAACUGGGCCAGCUUCACAUUCAACGGCCUGCUGUCAUGGAUUGAGGAGUACAAGACUCAACAGGAAGUGUCUGACACAGAGUCAGGGCAGGACUGGGGUGAUCACAUCAAGGAGGGAGAGGAAGUGAUGCUUCUCAGCUCUGUUGACUCCUCGAUAUCUAACCUGGAGGUGUUCUCUUACGCCAGUGAAGAGCCAGAGGAGGAAGAAGAACCAAAGACACCUGCGAUAAACACCUUGCCCAAAACAGACGAGGAGAUAAAUGGCAGCCAUAUUGAAGCCCAGGAGUCGGUUUCUCCUGAUACUGGCUCAGAAGGUGAUGCAGGGGCGCAGCACGUAGAGAACGAGCAAACAUCAGAGAAAGAACCUGGCCAGUCUGAAGAAACUGAAAUAAAAGAGACUACAGUUAGCAGCCCACCAGUGAGAAAGAAGAUGACCUAUUCAAAGCUGGUUAAAGAAGGUCGCAGAUUUAAUAUUGAUCUCAUUUCUAAGCUGCUGUAUUCCCGUGGCUUAUUGGUGGAUCUGCUCAUCCAAUCCAAUGUCAGCCGCUAUGCUGAGUUUAAGAACAUCGGUUGCAUUCUUACCUGUCGGAAUGGCAAAGUGGAGCAGGUACCAUGUUCACGUGCAGAUGUGUUUGGCAGUAAGCAGCUGACUGUGGUGGAGAAACGUAUGCUGAUGAAGUUUCUUACCUUCUGCCUGGACUUUGAGCAGCACCCAGAGGAAUUUACUGAUUUCUUACAAAAGUCAUUCUCAGAGUUUCUAAAGAAUAAGAAGCUGACGGAAAACCUGUGCCAUUUCAUUUUGCACUCCAUUGCCAUGGUGAGUCCGGAUGCUCAAACCGAGGAGGGACUGAAGGCCACGCAGCACUUCCUGCGCUGCCUGGGUCGUUACGGCAACACACCCUUUCUCUUCCCACUUUACGGUCUGGGGGAAAUUCCACAGUGCUUUUGCAGGAUGUGUGCCGUCUUCGGAGGGAUUUAUUGCCUGCGCCAUUCUGUUCGGUGCCUGGUGGUGGACAAGGAGUCAGGCAAGUGUAAAGCUGUGAUUGACACACAUGGCCAGCGAAUGAGUUGCAACCAUUUUGUGGUGGAAGACGGCUACAUCCGAGAUGAGCAGAGAACGCAAAAAGAAUACAGGCAGAUAUCCAGAGCGGUGCUCAUCACAGAUCGAUCGAUUUCACCCUCUGAAUCGGAUCAGCAGAUCUCAUUGGUGACUGUGCCUCCUGCUGACCCUUCUUCACCAGCAGUCAGAAUGGUGGAGCUCAGUUCAUCGACCAUGACCUGCAUGCCUGGAACCUAUUUGGUCCACUUGACCUGCUCUUCAUCAGGAUCGGCCUAUGAAGACUUGGCACCAGUUGUUUCCAGGCUCUUCCAUAUUCCCAGCAGUCCUGGCGAAGAAUUGGUACAAGGAGCUGAGGAGAGAGACAAACCUGAGGUAUUGUGGGUGAUGUACUUCAACAUGCGGGACACAUCUGGCCUGGACAGCAACUGCUACAGUCUGCCCAGCAAUGUCCAUGUGUGUACAGGCCCUGAUGCCAGCCUGGGCAAUGAUUACUCCAUUAACCUGGCCAAGUCCGUGUUUAAUCAGCUUCUGCCAGACGAGGAGUUCUGUCCACCUGCUCCAAACCCUGAGGACAUCAUAUAUGACGGUGACCAGGGAGAAGGAGCUGCUUUUGAUGGCACCAGUCAGGAAGAUGUGGUGGCAACCACAGAGCAAUGUGAUUCUCAGGAGAAGGACCAACCAACAGCCGACUCAGAGCACGCAGAGAGUACAGAGAGUGUUAGUCAGGAAACUGAUACUAAAUCUGAUUCUCAGAGCCCGUCCACUGAGGAAUAGCAGGACUAAAUUAAUAGUUCAUCUUUAAUUGUUCUUCUACCAGAACACAGCCUUCUUUCUAGAGCCACAUUCCUGCAGUGUGGCUGUGGUUGUAAGAAAAAAAAAGCUGAUUCUGCUUUUCAUUAUGUAAAAAUACAAUCAUUCACUGUAUUAAAAAAACACAAAAAAAGAGAGACGUUUCGUACUACUGGGUUAUAAGUCAACGAUGUGGCAUCUAUCAAGCCAGUGUUGUGACUUGUAUGCAUGUUUAACUUUUUAGAUCUGUAUAUCUGAAGUCUAGUCCGGAUUUCACCUCAAAAAGAAACAGUGGCUGGCCGCUCAGGUGGUACAGCGGUAAAACACUAGCACACCAGAGCUGGGAUUUCGAAUACAUCAUAUCCAAUCUCAGCUCUGCCAUCCGGCUGGGCCACAUGAACAACGAUUGGCUGUUGUUCAGGGUGGGAUGAGCCGGACCAGGGUUCCUCAUAACUGGUGCAAUAACGACCACUGAUUGAUGGUGUCUUUGCAGAGUUGGGGAAUAAUGCUGAUCAGGGUGUGGCUCUCUGUGCACAAGGCUGAUCCGCAUAUGAUGUGCAGGUGAAAAGAGGCAGUCGGUACUGCACACGUGUCGGAGGGGGCGUGUGUCAGUUGCGAAGCUCCUCAGUCAGCAGUGGUAUCGGUAGAGGUGAAGCGUAAUGCAAUCAGGGUAAUUGGAUACGACUAGAUUAGAAAAUUGGGGGACAAAAAUCGGAAAAAAGGGGAAAAAAUGAAAGAAACGCUGGCUCCACACAGCAGCCCAGUUUCAGUGAAAUUUGUCUCAAACUGUGUUCGGUCAGCGCUUAGCAUUCGGUUCUUCAGCUGUUCCAAUGCUUGUCCACACUGGAGCUAGCCUUCUGUCAUUCCUUACUUUUCUUGGCUAGUAAACACACAGAUAUUCACUAGGUUUGUUUGGCAAUUACAGUGCAAUCAAACACUGAUGUAAUUCGAGUUUUAACACUAGGGCUGCUGUUAUAGCAUUAAUAAGCACCCCUCAGUGGCUCUCCAGUGUGAACUUCAGCUUAAAAUUAACUCCUGAAGUUUCCAGACAGCCCUCUUCUUGUCAUUUAUGCACAGCAGACACUGGCAAAUAGAAUCACAAUGUUUUGAUAUAGAUCAUAUGGGGGAAGAGUGGACAAUGUGGCACAGAAUUUGUCAGAAAUGUGUCAGGCACAAUCAUGUGGAAAAAUCACAUCACGGAAAAAUCAGAAGGACGCUUGAUACUCUGACGUCUUGCCUAUGUGUCACACUUUUGUAUGGUCACCUGUCACUUUUUUUUGUUUACUGGUUUGAAUGCAGGAUUACAUAAGAUUGUUCUGUAUUUUUAAUGUAGUCAUUUGAAGUGUCGUAUGAAAAAAUAAAUGACAAGUGAAUGACCAAAAAAAGAACAGAAUCGUUUGCACACUGGACAACUUUGUUAGGUCAAGUCACAUUUCUUUGUAUAGCUCUUUUUACAAUAGAUAUUGUCUCAAAGCAACUUUACAGCAUCCAGGACUGACAGACCCAAAACCCCCAUUGAACAAGCCGAGGGUGACAGUAGCAAGGACGCUAACCUCCUUGGGUGGCCUGGAGAAUAAUUUGAAUGAAUUGGAUUUCACAAACUAUAUAUACAUGCGGGCGGUUCGGUGGGUAGCACUGUCGACUCACAGCAAAAAGGUUCUGGGUUCGAUUCCCAGGUAGAAUAGUCUGGGUCCUUUCUGUGUGGAGUUUGCAUGUUCUCCCUGCGUCAUGCAGGUGAGGUGAACAAGAAAUACAAAAUUGUCCAUUUGUUAAGUUAUUAUUAUUAUUCAUUCAAGUCUGGGGUAUUUUCAGUUCAGACACGACAGGACCGGUCACAUCUAGCAGGAGCAGCAUUGUUGGCACAGCAGUCUUCUGUUAUGUACUUGCCUUAAGUGGAAGACACGUAUCACUUAUUGAAUGUGCUAAUGCUGGAUAGUCAUGUUUAUUUAGAUCUCACUUACUAAGCAUUUUGUCUAUUUGGCCAAAUAGCUUUUAUUUAUAAAACCUUAUAUGGUGGUACCUUAAAAUUCGACGUCAAUUCGUUCUGGGACUGGCGUAGAGUUUUAAAGGUGUUGAGUUUCAUGGUAUUUUUUCCCCAUAAGGAUGUAUGGGAAACCUGUUAAUGCGUUCCAUGGACCUGUGAAACUCCAUAUAUUUAAGGCUUGUAUAAAAUAAUGGGUUUGUUUUUGACACUUAAACACUGAAAAUAACACAAAUAUAAUAUAAAAACACUGCAAUACAAUUAAAAAAUCCAAUAAAACCUGCAUUUUACCUUU